AAGAUAAGGGGCUAAAAGUAAAUUUUUGCUGCGACCCCAUCGCUACAGAAAAAUCCAACUCUAUUUGCAUACGGCAUUAUCGUCUCUCCUCCUCGUCUUUCUCCAGCUUCCGCUUUCCACAGCCAUGACGCUUCACUCCAAUGAUAAAGAUGAUUUUAACAAGACUGCAAAGAGUUCUUAUUUUCACUUGCCUCCUUUGGAUGUUUCCAUUGCAUUUCCUCAAGCAACUCCGGCAUCAACAUUUCCUCCUUGCACCUCAGAUUAUUUUCAAUUUGAUGAUCUAUUGAGUCCUGAGGAGCAGGCUGUUCGCUUGAAAGUACGAGAGUGUAUGGAAAAUGAAGUAGCCCCAAUAAUGACAAAGUAUUGGGAGAAGGCAGAGUUUCCAUUUGAAGUUGUCCCAAAACUUGGUGCCCUUUCUGUUGCUGGCGGAACUAUCAAGGGAUUUGGAUGUCCUGGUCUUUCCAUCACUGGAAGUGCAAUUUCCAUCGCAGAGAUUGCAAGAGUUGAUGCAAGCUGUUCUACUUUCAUUUUGGUACAUUCAUCUCUGGCCAUGCUUACCAUAGCUCUCUGUGGGUCUGAGGAACAGAAGCAGAAAUAUUUACCUUCUUUGGCACGGUUUAAAACCAUAGCUUGUUGGGCGUUGACUGAACCUGAUUAUGGAAGUGAUGCAAGUGCCUUGAAGACAACUGCAACAAAGGUUAUGGGAGGUUGGAUACUAGAGGGUCAAAAACGCUGGAUAGGAAACAGUACAUUUGCAGAUGUGUUGGUUAUUUUUGCUAGGAAUACCUCAACAAAUCAAAUAAAUGGAUAUAUAGUAAAGAAGGAUGCACCUGGAUUGACAGUUACCAAAAUAGAAAACAAGAUUGGUUUGCGGAUUGUUCAAAAUGGAGACAUUCUACUAAAGAAAGUCUUUGUACCCGAUGAGGACAGAAUACCUGGUGUCAAUUCUUUUCAGGAUACAAACAAGGUUUUGGCUGUUUCACGUGUAAUGGUUGCUUGGCAGCCUAUCGGGAUAUCAAUGGGUGUCUAUGACAUGUGUCACAGGUAUCUGAAAGAGAGGAAACAGUUUGGAGCACCACUGGCAGCUUUUCAAAUUAAUCAGCAGAAACUUGUUCAAAUGCUAGGCAAUGUGCAAGCAAUGUUUCUUGUUGGUUGGCGCCUUUGCAAGUUGUAUGAGAAGGGCAAAAUGACUCCAGGUCAUGCCAGCUUGGGAAAGUCGUGGAUCACCUUGAAGGCAAGAGAAACAGUUUCUCUAGGACGAGAGUUACUUGGUGGCAAUGGAAUUUUGGCUGAUUUUCUAGUUGCAAAGGCAUUUUGUGAUUUGGAACCCAUCUACACAUAUGAAGGCACUUAUGACAUUAACACCUUGGUAACUGGCAGGGAAGUCACUGGGUUAGCUAGUUUCAAGCCAGCUGCAUUGAGCAAGCGAAGCCGCCUUUGAUCAUGGACACUCUCCUCGUACCCUCUACGCGGGAUUCCUUUCUUAACAAAGUGUUCUGUAAAAUGGAUCAGAAUAAAGUUAAUAUACUUAUCAAGGGAAACUGAAUAAGUAAUCUCUCUGUAUAAACAGUUGCGCAUAUGUAAUAAAAUUGAAGGAGAAUGCUGAAAUGCAGCAUGAACUGGAAUGCAGCAUGAACUGGACUUCACUUUUCUAAAAUUGAA